AUGGACCGCCGGGAGAUCCUCUCCAAGGGCUCCGCGCUCCAGAAAGCCAUCGCGGCGAAGGAGCCCUCUGUCAACAUCUUGACCAUCCUCCGCGACCUCAAGGCAAACGUCCGACCCAGUGAAGAACUCUUGCGCGCCACGGGAAUUGGCAAGAUCGUUAAUAAAGUGAAGGGAGUACCGAACAUGGAUCCUCAAGUCAGCCAACUUGCUGCGGAGAUAAUAUCUCGCUGGCGACACGUGGUCAACGAGCAAAAGCUGGCAAGCGGCACAUCUACACCCACCGCCAACGGGACCAGAUCGAACGGCACGAAUUCACCGGUACCCCAGAAGCCCGCCACACCCACCGCAAAGGCGUCUAGUCCUGGAGUCGCACCAGACAAGCGCAACUGGAAGACGGACAAGGUCCCCCGUGAUGAACUGACAUCCGAUACGGCGCGAAACAACUGCAUUGGGCUGAUCUACGAUGGUCUAUGCCUGGGUUCUGAAAUACCGAUGAAACAAAUCCUUGACCUGGCCAAGCAAAUCGAGUCCGCCGCCCUCAAUCUCCCCGACGCCAAAGGAUCCUCAGCUUCGGCUGUGUACAAGGAUAAAAUCCGCUCUUUGUACCAAAAUCUCAAGAACAAAUCCAAUCCGGGACUGCGAGUGCGUAUCCUGUCGGGGGAGGUUACCGCACAAAGAUUCGUCACCAUGUCACACGAAGAGAUGAAAUCCCGCCAACAGAGAGAGGAAGACCUCAAAAUCGCAAAGGAGAACAUGAACAAUGCCAUGGUGGCGCAGGAAGAGAAGUCCGUGAGUACUUCGCUCGAGUGCGGAAAGUGUCAUCAGAAAAAGGUUAGCUACUCUCAAGCGCAGACGCGGAGCGCAGACGAACCGAUGACGACGUUCUGCGAGUGCCUGAAUUGUGGCAAUCGGUGGAAGUUUUCUUAA